GUCUCUGUCUCCCGUGUACAAAUUCAUCAAGUGUCCGCAAGGCUCACAAUCCCCAGAGGCAAGAGAAGGCAGUAGGAAGGUGAUUCAUACUGCAGAUCACACUGUCUUGGAAGGACCUGCGGGGCUCUGGAAAGACCAAACCGGUAUUCUCCCUUCUUCUACCUCCCUAACGCUUAAUCAGGGUAAUUAAGGCAGCAGACUCAGUCUGGAUGGAUUUCAUUGCCGGGGCCAUUGGAGGUGAGAAUUCAGACUGAGAGGCAUUACAAUGGGAUUUGGCACUGCAUUAAGGAAACAUACAGGACAGAAAAGAUUCAGGGAUUUUACAAAGGUGUGUCUGCAUCAGUUCUCACAGUUUCAGUGAUUUCUUCUGUUUCAUUUGGCACGUACAAAAACUUCCUUUGUACAAUCUGCAAGCUGCGAUACGGGGCUGCAGACGUGAAGCCAUCCAAGCUGGACGUUUCUCUUGCCGGAGGUGCUGCUGGUGCUGUCCGGGUAGGUAAACAGCCCUUGUUCACAAACACAGGAAGCAAGAAGAGCAGUGAAUGUUUUCCCUCCGGGAGGCCACAGGGGAGCCUGCAACAAGCCCAUCGGGUUUGUUUCUGCAGAGGUUCAUGCUCUGCCCAGACCGCCCCCUCGCUGGUCGGCUCCGUGGCGUGGCCAAGUCCUGCCGGGUAGCUCGUGCCAGAUUUGGUUCAGAGCGCCCAAACACUUAAGAACACUCUAUUAAGAAUGACAUCAAUCUUGGCAGCAAACGCAGAAAAAGGACGAAAAACAAGCCAAGCAGCAAACUUUCCGAGCGGCUCUCAUGGUAAGUUUAUGUAAGAAAGACAUAACUCGGUGUUUUAAAGCACAGGCCAGUGUUUUGACAGUGGCUGCACAAGCCCGGCACGGUAUCGCUGUAGAAACUGGCAGUACGCAGCGUUGCCUUGUCAGCGCUCAAAACACGUGUCAUCACUGACAAGUGAUGCUGCCUGGCAAACGUGCAUGAUCCCAGGACAGGGAGGUGAUGCUGAAUCCAGGAGCAGUUUCCCAUAAGGAGAUGGAUUUCUGUGAGUGUCUGCAGGCGCUGCGAACGUGGCAGAGCUCGCCCCGGCGCCCUGAUGCUGUGCUGGGCAGAAACACGUGCCCAGUCACAGGCAAUCCUCUUACAGAGCAGUCCAGAUGGUUGCGUUUCUAGGUGUUUCCUAGCAGGCAAUGACUACUUAACACAGGUUAAUUUUUUUAAAGUCUUUAUGGCCUUGGUUCCAAAUACAGAUACAUACAAGAGACUUGAUGUAUGCUACCCUAUAGCUGAGGACAUCCCCUUUCCAUGCUUAAGUUGUUACGGGUAUUUCAUGUCCCCUGUUGAUUUCUGCCGCACCUUCCACUCUGCACAGCGCAGCUCACACGUGUGUCCUGCUGCUGCUGCGUGGGAUUUACCGCAGACGGAGGGGAGGAGGCUGGAACUUGCUGGCAAUGUUAUUGCCUGAAAAGGUGGGAGACAAGGAAUUUGCAGGAGGCGGAUCAAAACACUGUUUAAACGUGAAGGGUUAAAGUACCAUCCUCUGAUGUUACAGGUUGUGUUGAUGACCCCUAGUGAAGUGGCCAAAGUUCGCAUGCAGACCCAGAGGAACCCACAUCCUUCUGUCGCAUCUCCCCAGCCUGUUUCCAAGCCAAAGUACCGAGGAUCUCUGCACUGUCUGAAGGUGAUCGCCAAGGAGGAAGGUUUUGGGGGUCUCUACAAGGGCUGCUCUGCAUUACUCUGCAGGGAUUGCUCCUCUUCUGCAAUAUAUUUCCUUACCUAUUCUGCUCUGUGCGACUGGCUCACACCAGCCGGGACAAAUAAACCAGGUUUCCUCGUCGUGCUGCUUUCUGGUGGUUUCGCUGGAGUCCUGGCCUGGGGAUUAGCUACUCCCAUGGAUGUCCUCAAAUCACGGAUGCAAACAGAUGAAUCGGACCAGCACAAGUACAAAGGCCUCUUCCACUGUGCUAGAGAAAGCGUGAGAAAGGAGGGUGCAAAAGUGCUUUUCAAAGGACUGGGUCUGAACUGCAUUCGUGCCUUUCCUGUGAACAUGGUGGUGUUUGUAGCGUAUGAAGCUGUACUGAGAUUUACAGAUCACUAUUCAAACAAAAAAUAACUUGUGCCACUCUGUUCAGAGGUGUACUUUGAUUAGUUUGGGUUUUUUUGUAACACAACAUCCACAAACAACUGCUGAACGCCUUCUCCUUUGAUGGACAGCGUAAGAAGCAUGGACAUUUCAGCACAAAGCUGGAUGAUUGAAGGCUUUGUUUUAUUCUUAUAGGAUUACAAACUCAUCAUGGAGACUUGGACUUAUAUACAACCUCCAGUUUAUCUCGUUAAUGUAUUUAGACUGUAGCUGCUGCUUAGGCUCUUGAAACAUUUGCAAAUAUUUGUGUUCUAAAAAGCUGCUUGUCUGAUCAGAGAUUUUAGUAAAGGAUUCAUUUUGUUUUCUACUGGCACAGAAAAUGAUCUUCACAACCAAGGCAAGAGCUAGGGGGAGUUUGUGUAAGAUUUAACACUACCCAGUGUGUGCUCUUUACAUGCAAUGCCUGCAUUGCAUUCACCGAGUUACUUACAUUAUUUGUGCUUCAGGCUGCAACUUUUCCUUCCCAGAUGUAAUUUCCCCAAAGAACUCUACAAUUAUAUCCCUUUGGUAGCAGCUGCAUAAGAAUCUGCUUGUGUUUUCCUGUCAUUAUUUAAUGACUGGCAGAAAUGGUCUGUUUACAUAAUCCCUCUAAUGACCUCACUGAAAGGGAAACCAGGCACAGAUUCCCGUAAACCAUCUGAUUUUUCUCCCUGUGCAAGCCUGAGCCCUACAGCAUCAGUCCCCUCCUGGAGGCUGACAGCACCGCGGCUCUCUGGAGCUUGACACAGCUUUGGAGGCAAUCUGUUCUGCUCCUGGAAGGAGGGUAGGAAGAGAUGCAAAACCUCUUUGCUUCUCAGAGGAAAGGCUGCCGUAAAAUCUGUAUGCUGGGGGGGUUAGGCAACUUAAGGGAGAAUUGCAAAGUUGUAGGGUAUAAUUAAGAUUUACUGCUUUUAAAACGCGUGUACUCUACUCACUUUACGGUGUUCAGAGCAGCCAAGUGUUUUUUUUUGUCGAAGGUACAUUUUGAUAGAAUUUCUGACUUUCCUAACAAAUAUUUAUUUCUCACAAAGGUAUAAAGUUUCAUCAGAGUGUCAGUUAAAAAAAAACAAAACCAAUCCACACUGUUGCUUCAGAAGGAAAGUUCCUAAAAACAGAAAUCCUUUAAUUUGCUCAUUAUCCCUCAAGAGCAGCAUAAAUGUUUUGUAUCUCCAUUUUAAUCUCUGGAUGAAGACAUCUGUAGCAGACUGGAUCCUGCCCCUGUCAGAUUCUGUUGUAAGUGAGGUUUUUGGAGGGACAGAGGAAGAAUAUAUUUUUAAAGGUGUUCUCAUAUUCAGGGUUGAUGCCCUUGUCCACAGCCACUUUGACCAGUUGAUACCACGGCAUUGACUACACUGACAGUAAUUUUGCAGCAGACAGAACUUGUCAGCUACUCUGGACAUAUAAAAAAGAAUCUUGCACUAAAAGGACAAGUUUAGAAGUUUUAUGUGCUACUACAAAAGAAUAAAGGUGACCUCUUCCACUCCAGAGAGCGAGCGGUAAAAAGCUCCAGAACUGUCCUCCUGAAAUCUAAGCCUUCAACUGACUUUUUAAACGUGUUCGCAGCCAUGCUAGCAAACCACCAUUAUAAUAUUUCUCUCACGAGUCUGUCCAGCUUUUGCAGUUGAUCCAAGAGCAGGGUUAAAAAACCAGGCAGGUGCAGAGUAUGUCACCUUAAAGGGGAGUGAAAUGAAAGACCCAGAUUCACUCCCAAAGUGCUUAUGGCCUCAGCAACCUACCACCCCGUGACAUCUUGGGGCAUCAGCACCAAACUUCCUUUGCUCAGAAAGUCCUUAUAACAGAGGAUUUAAUUAAGUCCUCAAGAUCUGGAAUUCCUCUUAACAUGGUUCUCAAUAGUCUGCUACUCUCACCUCUUUCUACAAGGGAUGCAUUUGACCGAGUGCCAUCCCAGCUGGGUAGUGAUUUAUCCCAGCUCUUCCUGGAUGUUUUCUGCAAUCAAACUCCUUUAUGCUGUAUUAUUCUCAGCCGACCUUGUUCUCAGGCAUUACAUCCUCUGAACAGAGACAGUAAAAAAAAAAAUGCCUGCAAAUCAGACUAAACAACCAUUUCUUGUGUUGAUACCAUCCAUGGUCAGCCCAAGGUUUGAAAAUAACGUAGCUCAGCUUUCCUAAUAGGCUCACACAUUCAGAUAACUGAAAGUCUCCUCCUGUGGGUGUAACUGAAAUACAGCUGGUUUCAAAAACAGGAAUUACAGAUGAAUUGUAAAAAUGAGUGGUAACAACAGCAGAAGCCAAUGCGAGGGGCUGAGAACUGUAAGCCUCAGGGUAUUCAGCACCAUGUGAAAGGAAGUUCUCACGUGGCCUGAACGAAUGCCACACGAGAGGUAAGUUCUAUCUUCAGGGGGUUAUUUCAGGGACGUUAACUGCUUUGCAAUCCAUCCUGUUCACAAGCCUUUACUGGAUACAAAAUAUACAGAGUGUAUAGGUGACAGCCUGCCUUAGAGUAAGAACUCACAGCUAAUUCACACGGGUAGAAACUACCAACAGGUACAGGAAUUGGCUGUGUGAGUACUGUAAACACAGGCACAGAAAUAUGAACCACUAUUUGUUUACUGACAUAUCAUUGUACAUAUUAUGUACUUCACUGUAUAUGCACCAAGCUGGGUCUUUUGGCUUCUGGAUUUCAGGACUUGACUGCUUUAUUUUCUUAUUUCUUUGUAUGACCCUGACCUUCAGCUACUCUGAUAAUCACAGAACUAUUUAUUCUGAUAAAUUAGCUAGCUGAAGGCCAGCUAGCAGAAUAAAGACUUCACAAUUG